GCCUUACAACUGUCACUUGGCCACAUGUGAUUCGUGACAUUUGUGGUGUCUUUUAUGUGGUGUUGUAAAUAAAUAGGAAAAAGCAUUAUUUUGUCGAUAUAAAACUACUCCUAAAAUGGAGUACAUAUCGCCAGAAAAUACUUUGAAUGCAAACACACGAGUACUAUGCUGCCAAUGUGCGGUGCCCAUCGAGGCGAACCCCUCCAACAUGUGUGUGGCGUGCCUCCGGGCGCAUGUGGACAUCACUGAAGGGGUGCCCAAACAGGCCACUCUGUUCUUCUGCAGAGGAUGUGAAAGAUAUCUCCAGCCACCGGCAGAAUGGAUUGUAGCCUCCCUGGAGUCCCGUGAACUGCUGGCGGUCUGCCUGAAGCGGCUGAAGGGACUCAACCGAGUGAAGCUCAUUGAUGCCGGCUUUGCCUGGACCGAGCCACAUUCCAAGAGGAUUAAGGUGAAACUAACGGUACAAGGCGAGGUGAUGGGCGGAGCAGUGCUGCAGCAGACCUUCAUCGUGGAAUACAACAUCCAGCACCAGAUGUGCGACGACUGCCACCGCUCCGAGGCCAAGGACUUCUGGCGCGCGAUGGUGCAGAUCCGGCAGAGAGCCAACAACCGCAAGACCUUCUACUACUUGGAGCAGCUGAUUCUGAAGCACAAGGCGCAUGAGACCACGCUGGGGAUUAAGCCUAAUCAUGACGGUUUAGACUUCUACUACGCUACCGAGAGCCACGCGCGUAAAAUGGUUGACUUCGUCCAAUCAGUGUUGCCGAUCAAAACCAGCAGCUCCAAGAAACUAAUAUCUCACGACAUUCACAGCAAUAUCUUCAAUUCCAAGUACACAUACAGUAUUGAGAUAGUGCCGCUGUCUAAGGAUAGUAUUGUGUGUCUUCCGAAGAAGCUGACUCAACAGCUGGGGUCGAUAUCGCCGAUAUGUCUGGUCAAUCGUGUCACCAGCGCCAUACAUUUGAUUGAUGCUAACACUGGGCAAGUGUGCGAAGUAUCAGCCACAGUAUACUACCGGCAGCCGUUCAACGCGAUAUGCAACCCCAAGCAACUGGUCGAGUACAUCGUCAUGGAUAUUGAGAUUCUGAAGGAACAUGAAAAGAAGCACUUCCCCGGGCAAGGCCAGGUGUCCAACAAGGUGGUAGUAGCCGACGCGUGGGUGGUGAAGGCGAGCGAGCUCGGGCUGGAGACCGCUCCCAUACAUGUCAGGACCCACCUGGGACAUGUGCUGAAGCCCGGGGACUCUGUGUUGGGCUACAAUCUCUGCGAGUCGAAUGUGAACGACGCCAAUCUGGACAAACUGGACAAGAACGUCAUUCCCGAUGUCUUCCUCGUGAAGAAACACUACGGGGAAAAGGCAGCCCGACGACGCGCCAGGGCGUGGAGGCUGAAACACAUGGCCGACGACCUGUAUGACGGCAGCUCUGCUAAUGAGGACUACAACGACUUCCUCGACGACCUCGAAGAAGAUCCAGAUCUACGACAGAACAUCAACAUCUACAAGGACGCCAACAAACUAGCGGUCGAUACGGACGAGCUGGACCCGGCCGCUCCAAGGAUCACGCUCGCGGAGAUGUUGGACGACCUCAAUAUUGAGGACGUCGAGAUGAGCGAAGUGUGAAUGUUGUGGGGAAAUAUAUUCUGGUAUCAAAAGAUA